ACUAACCUCUGUGAUCUGUGGGUAAGCACAAGUGUAUUAAAAUGAUAAUGUUUCUAACCUUUCCCCACAGACUACAUACUAUUGUAUAUAUAUUACAUAUUUCCCCUUGAUGACCUGAUAACAACAAUUGAAAUUAUUUCAUAUCUAUUGAUGGUUUUACAUCAAUAGACAGUCAAAGAAUGUUUAUUCGAAGAGUAUUUGUCGGUAGAUUUCCUGCAAAUUCUGCAGCAACUUUGAGAUCAAUGUCUACAGCGGAAAGCGACGUGAUCCUGGAUAAUGUGGGUAAUAAGGGUGUUAUAACCCUUAACCGACCCAAAGCACUAAACUCCCUUAACCUGUCUAUGAUAAACAAAAUUUAUCCAGCUUUGCAAAACUGGGAGAAAGAGAAGAAGCUGGUAAUUGUAAAAGGUAGUGGCGAAAAGGCAUUUUGUGCUGGUGGCGACGUCAAAGCCAUAGCCGAAGCUGCCUUCAGGGGUGAAAAGUUGGGUCACGAAUUUUUCAAAAAAGAAUACACUACAAACGGUCUGAUUGGCAACUACAAAAUACCUUACAUAGCUAUUAUAGACGGUAUAGUAAUGGGAGGUGGUGUAGGAUUGUCCGUGCAUGGGCAGUACCGGAUAGCUACAGAAAAAACGCUCUUUGCAAUGCCCGAAACACAAAUUGGGCUUUUCCCGGACGUCGGCGGUUCCCAUUUUUUGUCCAGGUUAGCGGGUCGACUUGGGUGGUACCUCGCUUUGACGGGAGUGAGGCUCAAAGGAGUUGAUGUACUAAAAGCAGGAGUUGCAACACAUUUUACUGAUAGCACGAACCUCAAGAAGUUGGAGGAAGAACUCUUAAAAGCAUCUAAUGAAAAUGACAUAAAGUUGGUUGUAAAUAAGUUUCAUGUGGAUGACAAGUCUGAAUUUGCACUGGCACCUUUUCGGGAAAAAAUCGAUUAUUGCUUCUCUGCUCCUACCGUGGAAGAAAUCUAUUCUAGGCUAGAAAAGGACGGUUCCAAAUGGGCAGAAGACACUAUAAAAUUGUUAAACAAAAUGUCCCCCACUAGUCUAAAAAUUACAUUCAAAGAACUGGAACUGGGAAAGCAAUUAAAUUUGAUUAAUUGCCUACAAAUGGAAUACAGACUGGCGGUAAAUUGCGUCGAUGGGCAUGAUUUUAGAGAAGGUGUGAGAGCCUUGCUUAUUGAUAAAGACCAAAAUCCCCAAUGGGUUCCGGCUAAAUUAGAAGACGUGACCAGUGAGAUCGUCGAUAAACACUUCGAAAAAUUACCUGAAGAAAUGGAAUUGAAACAUAAGUUAUAAUGUUUAUUACUUUGUAAUUGUUGAUUUUUAUUUAUGUAUUAAAUUCGUUUUUAAAUAUC